ACAUACGCACCAAUUACCAACCAAAUUUGUGUCUCAAACAUUAUAAAGUACAAUCAGCGCCACACACAAAACACAUCUCCUGCCGCCCGGACAUCCCCUCCUCAGGUUUCCUUCUCUUUAUUUUUGUUCUGAAAUAUAUACUUGGUUUUUUCAUUACCGAUGGAGUUCGAUUUUUUGGUCUUUGGUUUUUAAUUUGUGAUCUGUGUUCGAAUAUAUUCAUUUUUUUAAAAUAAAAACUUUGUCAAUUCAACUCGAAUUGGUUUGUUUAUAUUUUGUUAAUCUAUUAGACUAUUAGCACCUUAGGCUUCUGUAAAUAUUAAUCUUUUGUUACGUAGUCUGUCAAUUUUGAGCCUAACCCCCACAGGCCGGCCAACAUAGGUGUGCUAGCUCGUGGAAGAAUAAAAGAUCCUUCAACCGAUCAACCAACAUAAAUGAUCGAGUGUGCUAAUUAAUCAAUACAUACUUGUAUUAUCAAAGAAAAAUUAAUUCGGCCUUCUUAAUGGUCAUUUGAAUUCACAAUAUUUUUAAUUGGACUCAAAUUUUAAGUCCAAUUAAAAUUUGAAUAGUGUAUGUAUGUAUAGUGUAUGUAUGUUUUAUAACUGUUGAAGUCUGGUCUGACUUCUUUUUGAUCUGGUUUAAUCUAUUUGUUGCUAUACUACUACUAUUACUCCAAGUCUCCACAUUGACUCCACAUUGACUCCGAAGUACGUAUAUAGUGAAUGACACCAAAUCUAAUACUACGUACGUAGUAAUGACUAAUGAGUUCUGAUUUGACAAAAAUGUGACUAAUAAGUCAUCUCAACAUGAGAGACAGAUCAGAUCUAUUAGGAGGAAAGAGGCUCUAAUAUGAACCCCAACACUUGGCAUAACUCCUCUUUCACAUCAAAUCGGGAAGCGUAACUCACUUGGUAGAAAGGGGGUGUCAUUAGGGAGAAGUCUCUGGUUCAGUUCCAAGCAGUGAUUUAUGAUGAAACAUCACUCUCUUUUCAUCAGAGUUUUAGAUCAAAGUUCAACUAACAUCCCUCCAGUUAACUGUCCGGUCGGUUCUGGGGGCCUCAAGGAUGCGGUGUCCUUUUUUCUUCUUCUUCACAUCACACGCCUAUCAUUCCCCUUCUUCACAUCACACCACGGUGCCACAACGACCUUAGAUUCUUCCCCCUUACGAGUCUAUACACACUUACACAGUUUUAUAAAGUGUCAACGUCAGUUGCCGCGGGCUGCUUAAUUCGAGAUGAUGAUGCUAGGCUUAAAGCAAUAUGUGUGUGUAUCAUAUAAUACCUCUGUCCUAAAAAGAUAUAUUGAGCAUAUUGACUUUUCUUGAAAUUCUAGACAAUGAUUUUAAUUAUUAUAUUUUUGUGUGAUUUUUAUAUUUUAUAUUUUUAUGAAAGAAUUUUUAAUAAAGAACAUGUUCAUAUAAUUUUUCAUAUUUUAAAAAUUUUGUAUUAAAAGUUGUGAUUGGUCAAACUUGAUCAAUAUUUAAAAAUUUGACAAAUCCUUACAAGAAGGAAUAUAUAACAUGAAUGUUAAACUUACCUUUGAGGUGUAGGUUGAGCGACCCAUCCAAUUGAAUACGGAGUAACAUAAUGGAAGAGGCUGCCGCCAUCAGUUCUUCUCACUCGUUAAAAAGGUAUGCAGUUGUGACAGGAGGAAACAAAGGGAUAGGGUUGGAAAUAUGCAGGCAAUUAGCAAGUAAUGGGGUUAUGGUGGUUUUGACCGCCAGAAGUGAAAAAAGAGGAAUUGAAGCCGUGGAGAAACUGAGAUCAUGUUAUGGUUUGCAUGAUUCCGUGGUGUUCCAUCAGCUCGAUGUUGUCCAUCCAUCCUCUAUUUCUUCACUCCUCCAAUUCAUCAAAAUCAACUUUGGCAAACUUGACAUUUUGGUAAAUAAUGCAGGAGUUCUUGGAGUUGUUGCGGAUGAAAAUGCUUUAAAGGCUUCAGCGGGAGGUAAAAUAAAUUGGAAGGGUGUACUUACUCAAAAUUAUGAGUUGACUGAAGAAUGCUUGGAGAUAAAUUACAAUGGCACAAAGAAAAUGGUGGAAGCAUUUCUUCCUCUCCUCCAACUGUCUAAGUCUCCCAGAAUUGUAAAUCUCACCUCGGGUUGGGCAAAAUUGGAGAAUAUUGGCAAUGAAAGGGCGAAAAGAGUUUUGAGCAAUGUUGAAGGUGAGGUAGCGGAGGUGGAUGAAGUGGUGAGUGAGUACCUAGAGGACUUGAGAAAGGUGGGGGCGGCGGCGAUGCAAGAAAAGGGGUGGCCUUCUAUCAUGUCUGCGUAUGCCGUCUCCAAAGCAGCCAUGAAUGCAUAUUCAAGGAUCAUAGCGCACAAGUUCCCUUCCUGUCAGGUCAACUGCGUCUGCCCCGGCUACGUCAAGACGGACAUUACCUACCACACUGGGGACUUCACCGCUGAAGAAGGUGCCUCCGCUGUUGUGCGGGUGGCUCUGCAGCCGGAAGAUGGACCUUCUGGCGUUUUCUUUGAUCGGCAAGAGAUUAUUUCAUUUUAAUAAUAAUAAUAGGAGUAAUAAUCAUGUAAUGCUGAUGAGAAUGAUGAUGAUAUACCAAUAAUAAUAAUAAUAGUAAAUCAGAUUUUUUUACUUUAAUCCGACUUAAUGACAAUCAGGGGCGGAACCAGGCCGGGGCGAGCCGGGGCGAGCCGGUGCUGGCGCCACCCCUUCGCUGGAAAUGUUCUCGUAUUAUUUUCAUACCGCCCCUAGUCUUCUUCCAGACUUCCACCUUGUUCCACGUUUUCCAUGGCCGGCUACCGCUGCAAUAAUGUUGCUCUGUUUCAGAUCUCUUUAAGCCGCUUAUGUUUUUAUUUUUUAACUUAACAAAACGGCGCCGUUAGAUUAAGUGGUACAAAUAAAAGCGAAACGACGUCGCAGACCUUUAUGCUUAUAAGCUUUUAGUAGAACGAAAGGUUGAAAUUUAAAACCCGGUUCACGAUCAACUAAGCAAGCGAUUGAAACUCUUGGAGUUUGAGACAAUUUUAGUAAUACUUGUAUUGAGCGUCUGUAAAAAAAAAUAGCUUGUUUACUCGUUGAAUUUGUAUUGUAUAAAAAUCGAUUUAUUAAUAUGUACGUAGCUAGUAUAAUUUUAAAAAGCAAUUUAAACUUUUUUAGGUUGACGCCAUGCAGUAGGUUGUAUAAUUUUUAAUUUGUUUUAAUUUGUGCCUUGUUUACUCAAUUAUUUGUUUAAUUGCUUGUUAUAGUUCUUCUAUUUCCUUGUUUCAAACUUUUAGAUUUUUAAUAAUUUAUAUUUUACUUGUUCACUCCUUUAAAUGGUGCAAGUAGUUUAAAUAAUUUCAGAAAAUAGAAAUGGCUAAUAUGUAAUUGUUAGGAUAUGUUUUAUUUGUUUUAGAUUUUAAUAAUGUGUAUGUGAUUCAUCUUCUAAUAAUUUAUGAUUUUAAAAUCUUGAAAUUGUUAUGUAAUAUCUAUCUAUAUCACAAUUUGUAAUGCGAGUUGUGGGUAUUCUAAACGAGCUAACGAAAUAGGGAAAAACAUUUUCAUGUCGAAUUUAAUCCAAAUGAUAUUGUUGUGGAUCUAGAGUUGUGUAAACUUACUUUUGCCUUUGAUCCUUGCAUUAGAA